UUACUGGUUGGUUGGAGCAAAGAGGUGCAUCAGUGGUUUCCUCUUCAGGUGCGUCAUCUGCAGGAAACUCCGUGGUAAGAAUGAGCACCAGCAGAUGGCCGACCUUCCAGCGGAACGACUACAAGUGGCACCACCCUUCACUUAUGUGGGUGUCGACGUGUAUGGCCUUUGGGAGGUGGCAUCACGCCAUACAAGAGGAGGGCACAGCAACAACAAGAGAUGGGCUGUGUUGUUCUCCUGCAUGUGUACCAGAGCUGUGCACAUUUAUAUGUUAGAGAACAUGAGUGCUAGCAGGUUUAUCAAUGCCCUGAGGAGGUUUUUUGCCAUCAGCGGGCCAGCAAAGCAGAUACGAUCAGACUGCGGCACUAACUUUGUUGGUGCCAGUCAUGAGCUGAAGAUGGGUGAUUCAAGCACCAGCUCCGACAGCGUCGAGAAAUACCUCCAGGAUCAGAAGUGUACAAUGGUAUUCAAUCCACCCCAUUCCUCCCACAUGGGUGGUGCUUGGGAGCGGAUGAUCGGUGUCACCCGUCGUAUUGUCGACUACAUGCUCCUCCACAAUGGAGCAGCCCACCUCACACAUGAGGUCUUAACAACAUUUAUGGCAGAGGUCACAGCCGUGAUUAAUGCAAGACCCCUCAUCCCUAUGUCUUCGGACCCAGAGUCACCUUUCAUCCUGACUCCAGCUACACUCUUGACUCAGAAGACAGACAUUCCCCUUUCUCCUCCUGGUGACUUUAUGAAAGGAGUUCUUCUCAAACAAGAAUGGAAACUUGUUCAGAGCCCAGCGGACUUUUGGAGCAGGUGGGAUCAGGAGUAUCUUGUUACUCUGCAAAGCCGAAGCAAGUGGUUGGACACAAGGCAAAAUCUUAAAGAAGGAGACAUCGUCCUCCUGAAGGACAAACAGGCCAGAAAAAAUGAAAGGGCCAUGGCCAAAGACCUUUCCAAGUCAGGAUGGGAAGGUUCGGACAGUGGAAGUCAGAAUCUUCAAGGAUGGAGGCUAGAAGCUCUAAUCCUUGUGAUUGAGGCAGUGCAGCAUAGGUUCACGAGAUUGAUACCUGGGAUGGCGGGACUGUCAUAUGAGGAAAGAUUGAAAAAAACUAGGCUUGUCUAUAUUACUAAAACUCUUGACCGGUUUUGGCGAUCUGUGCUGCGAUUUCCGAGAGAACACCGCCACCUACGGCCGUAAUUUUUGGCCACCUCGCUCAGAGCCCCCCUCCACCGUAUGUGUGCCGAGGGUUUUUCCCGUCGAUGAAAUAUGACAGAGAUA